CAUUUUGUGUGUCAUCCGAUACCAAAAAAUCAUCCUCAUCAUUACGCCUAAGUAAGCCUAAGUUUAUAACUAUCAAACCUAAACCACAGUUGACCAUGUCCAACGUAUACAACCCCGAGGCGCUCACUCCAGCAUCUAACGACCUUAGCGACCUCGAAAAGAACGCUGGCACCUCUAUCAUAGAAGGCCCCGUCCUCACCAAGAUCCAAACAUCUGAAUGCGGCAGGUAUGUAAAGUUGGGGAGUCACCAUUAUGAUAAAGAAGAAUUCACCAAAGCCCUCCUUCCAUACGGUGGUGACUUCAGAGUCGGAACCUACUCUCAACCUGAGCGCAAGUUCGGUAACCCUGCUCCACUCGGACUUGCUUCCUUUAGUAUUUGCGUGUUUACCCUCUCGUUGAUUAAUGCCCGUGCCAGGGAUGUUACCAGCCCAUCCGUCUUGGUUGGGGCGUUUAUCUUUGUGUCCGGGUUGCUUGAGAUCUUGGCCGGGAUGUGGUGUCUUAUCGUGGAAAACACCUUUGGUGGCACCGUCUUUUCGUGUUUCGGGGGAUUUUGGUGCAGCUACGCCUUCAUCUUGAUCAAACCGCUCGCUCUUGCGGACGCCUAUGCCACCACCAAAGAAUUUGAAAACGCCAUCGGCUUGUACUUAAUGGCCUGGGCGAUUUUUGCCUUCUUAUGCUGGAUUUUGACCUUCAAAUCCACGUGGGCAUUCUGCGCCUUGUUCUUUUUUGUGUGGACCUUUGUCUUGUGUCUUGCUGUUGGGGCGUUGAUUCAAUCGCCUGGUUGGAACCAGGCCGGUGGCAUUUUGGGUGUCCUCUGCUCCAUCAUGGGUUUCUACAACAUGUUUGGAGGUAUGAGUGACCAAGAAAACAGUUACUUCACCGUCAAGCCAUUCUUCAUGCCUGGUGCGGUGGUUGCUUAGACGGCGGUUUUUCUUCUCACAACCUUUGCUUAGUCUUUUAGCUAUUUAAAAAUAA